UUCGUUUCGCGUUUGCGUUCGUGAAGACGAUCUGACGAUUCGCGUUCGCGAUGUCUUUUCAGAGUUUAGACUAAUGACCCACUAACGAUUCUAAGUACUUACAGUUUAUAUUCUUUCAAAAUAUCACCGUUUUUGUGUUUAGAUGUCAGUAUUGUGUCUUAUGUGUAGUAAUUGUGAUGAUAAGAACAGUGUGUCAUCUUGUCCCCGAACGUGAGCUGAUGAUGAACAGCUUUUGAUAGAACGAGGAUUCCGAAUCUCCGCCAUGCUCAGCUAUCGAAAUUUCCUCACAAUGAGAGCUGCGAAAUGAAUGUAAAUCACUUUUCCAGGAACUGAUAGAAGGAAUGUCAUUUUUGGCGCAAUCUCCAAAGAGCGCCUCCAGUAUGACAAGUGAAGUUGCUUCCUCUGUGGCGACUGCUGUCACUUCACAAACUCCUUUGAUGCAACCGGCUCUCAAGUCAAUAUUCCUCCAAACAAAAUUUUGUCAAGCAAUAGCAGGAGUUUGCGUCUGGACUGCUUUGUUUCUAACCUGUCAGCAGAUUUAUAGACACCUUCAGUGGUACACAAAUCCAGCAGAGCAAAGGUGGAUCAUCCGAAUCCUUUUUAUUAUCCCCAUUUAUGGACUCCAUUCAUGGUUGAGUCUGCUUUUCUUCAAUAAUGAGAACUAUUAUGUUUACUUUUUUACUGUAAGAGAUUGCUAUGAAGCAUUUGUUAUUUACAAUUUCAUGAGUUUAUGUUACGAAUAUUUGGGUGGUGAAGGGAAUAUCAUGAGUGAGAUUCGUGGCAAACCAAUAAAAUCAAGCUGCUUGUAUGGGACUUGUUGCUUGGUUGGGAAAACAUACACAAUCAGUUUUCUGAGAUUUUGCAAGCAGGCAACUCUCCAAUUCUGCCUGGUCAAACCAGUUAUGGCAUUUGUUAUCAUUAUUCUGCAGUCAUUUGGACACUACCAUGAUGGUGAUUGGAGUUUGGAUGGUGGCUAUUUGUACGUUACAAUCAUUUACAAUAUUUCAAUUUCUCUUGCUCUCUAUGGCUUGUUCUUGUUCUACUUUGCCACCCGUGAUCUCCUCGUUCCUUUUGAACCUGUUAUCAAGUUCUGCACAAUCAAGAGCGUCAUUUUCCUAUCAUUUUGGCAAGGUGUUUUGCUUGCUGUGCUAGAAAAAGCAAAAGUGAUAGAGCCGUUAGUGGAUGCAUACGGUCAACCCACAAGCGCUGGUACAGUGUCAGCUGGCUACCAAAAUUUCCUUAUCUGUAUUGAAAUGCUCUUUGCAUCACUUGCACUUCGAGCUGCAUUCCCGCAUCACGUUUAUGAGGCCGGGUGUAUUUCGGAUGCUUCGGGGCGCAGUGUCACUAUGCAGAGCAUCUCAAGUAGCUUGAAGGAAACAAUGAAUCCAAAGGAUAUCAUGACUGACGCUAUCCACAAUUUCCACCCACAGUAUCAGCAAUACACGCAGUACAGCUCAGAUGUGAACUCUGCCCAGCCGUACGAAAAACUGUAAUUUCUGAAAGCCAUUUUUCAUCGAUUGUAAUGCUUAAUAAGUUGAUUUUAUACUCUGAUAUCUCAACUAAUAAUUGUGAUUCCUUGGUCAGGGUAGGUACUCAUCACUUAGCUUAAGGUUAAGAAUCACAACACAAUGCUCUCGAGUUGGAAAGGGAACUUUUCUUAGUUGAAUGAAUUAUUCCUUCUCUUUGGAUGAAAUCCAUUGUCAAAUUCUUUGGUACUUAAAUGUAAAUAGUAAUAGUGAGAGUAUUUUAAGACAGUAGGUUUAUGAUAGCAAAUUAGUAAUAUUCUUGUUUGAAUGAAACUCAUUAACAAUCAUUGAAGGGUUUGCUAAACAAAAAUAUUUUUGGGUUAUAUUCUCACGGAUUCAUUCCCGACAAGAAUUUCCUCCCUUUUCUUCUAAUGACAAAACCACAAUACUCGCUAGAGAGACAAAAAAUAAGAAAUUAACUAAUGUUAAAUGACAUCAUUUAUGGCAUAUUCCUUUUACGCAACAAACAUGAGUUAAACUCCAGAAUAUCUAUCGAGCCUGAUGGGAAAAAAACUUUUUUUCUGUCGCUAAAGAAGUCCAACAAAUUCUGUGAAUCAUCGAAAUUUACUUGUUUUGAUUUAAUUUAAGUGAUUUAAUUUUUUGUGAAAAACCAGGGACAGGGGGAAGCAUUUUCAGAAGCUAUUCUUAAAUACAGGAAGUUGUGAAGCCAAUGUGCGCUGCAAAUCAGCAUAAAGCAUAGGAGCUCCUGCAUCUCCCUUUUUUAAGAAAGAGCAAUCUUUUUCUUUUCUCCUCAUCCCUGGAAAGAAAAGAGCCAUGUUGUGCGUGGUGGUCCUAUCAGUUUUGUUUCGCAUGCAUUUUACGAAUUUUUUUUUUUUUUCUCAUGCUUAAUAAACUGCCCUCUAUGAAGCAUGCUGCCUUUCUAGUGUCUUUGUUAAAAUAUUCCGUCCCAAGUUACUAUCAGUGUUGCAUUAUUUUAAUCUGUUAUACAAAUCUGUAAUUAUUACCAAAGGUGCGAAGUAAAUUUUCAAAUGUACAAAUCAAAAAAAUCUGUAGUGUUGUUGACAUUUUUUGUCAAGUCACAAUUAUUCGUUUUUCCUGCAAGUUAAAAAUUCAUGUAUGAAACUUUUUUUUUUUGCGUGUUUUUGCUCUUCUUCUUCUAUCAUUACUACAGUCCUACAUUUCACCCACCUUUUCCUCAGUUUCUGAGCCGAAGGAUAAAAAUUCAAAAUUGUUUUUUGAACCGAAAUGAGCGUGUUAAGUCAAAGUCUAAAAAUUUGUACGAUGCUACCCAACUUUUUCUUCCUUUUUUACAUCUGAAAUGAUAAUAUUGAUUGUCCUGUGUAAGAAAAUUAGCCAUUUCUUCCAUUAAUGAGCACGUUUUGUAAAAUCUAAACCCAUGAUUAGUUUUAAUAAGCUGCUACCCUCUUUUUCGUAUCCAGAUAAACAAAAUUCCAACAGGCUAUGAUUUUUCAUAACAGAUUCUACAAUUUCUGUACUCCGGUCACUGGUUGAUGUUGAACAAAAGUUGCUUUUUACCCUCUUAUCAUUUCUGGGACUUUUCCGAAUUUUGUGAGGGUCCUAAAAUAAGUAGACUCCAUUGACAGAAGCACAAACCCCAGUCAUCAUGUCAACAAAGUGAAACUGUUUUAGGAAGUAAUGUUUACAUCUGCAGUUUGUUGAUGGAGUGGUUUUUGGAGUACGGAUUCAAUUUUUGGGAAUAUUGGAAGAAUUCUUUAACAUUGGCUUUCAAUCAAAGUGGAAAAGUGAUGUAAAGUUGCAAAUGUUUUUUUCCCAAUUCUUUUGAGGUAGGGUAACCUUGAAUCAGGCUUCAAGAAGUACAAAGACACCGACCCAGGAAGAAAACUGUUGAUAUAGGUUUUCACGGAGCUUGCGCCUCUGUUCACGUAUUUUAUUUAUUCUAUGCUAAGGUACCCUAGAUUCAAGAUAGAGAAAAAGAAUCUCUAAUCACCAUGGCAACUUGUAGCCUUUUUGUGCGAGUGUAAAAUCACUCAUUAGUUUCAUUUCUAAACACGCAGUAUUAACAUUAAAAACUCACAAACUUUUUUAAUGGAAGAAGUAGCUUUCAUCUCAUUUUUGGCUGUAUUUUUACUUUAGUGUUAACCAGCGUUGUGCUUAAGAUAUAGUUUUAUAAAUGGGCAUCUUAAUUUUUGCAUGUUUAUUCUGAGCCCAUCAAACGGCAUGAAACAAAUGAAAGUGCAAGAAAAAUCUCUCUGCUACAUCACAUAAUUUUGUCAUAUUUAAAUCCUUCAAACCUUUUCUGGAAUGUAGGUGUAAUUAAAAUGUAGGGAUGAUUAUUAUUGUGUGACCUUCAGUCACGAUUCAUAACUUUAGUCGUAGUGUUUAGGUUAAAAAAUUUAAAAUAAUCGUUUUGAAUUCAGUAUGAAUAGUUAGAGUGAUUUUUUUUUAUUUACUUGCACCUCUCAGUUUCUUACCCUGUUUGAAUGAAUAAAAUUCCCUGUUGUUUAAAGUAUUAACUUUCCAUUCUCAGAAUGUUUGUUUUUUUUUUUUCCACCUUAUUUAGGAAGUUAGGAAAAUUUUACUGUAGAACUUAACAUCUCAGCUUAAAUUUUUGUUUCAAAAUUCCUUUGAAGACAUCUCUCCCUUUUUUCCAUUUUUUUAAUUUUGUUUUGUUUUUCUGUGAUCAUAUUCAAUUUUCUAUCAGUUUAAAAAAAUAUUGGUUUAAAAAUUUGACUUUCCAAUCCAACAGUUGCCCUAUUGUUUGUUCCUGCUCUAUUGCGUCUUUAAAGGAAUUUGUGCUCUUGAAAGUUUAUGUUUUAACUCAUAUUUUGCAUUUUUUUUCUAUAUUUUUUUCCAUUGUUGUAUUUAUUAUUAUUUUAAUUUAAACUUUAGUCUAUAUUUUCAUUUGUAUUUCAUCCUGAUCUAUUUUAUUAAAUUGUACUUUUUAUAUUUC